GCAACCGUACGGUUGGAACGAAGUGUCAAUAAUGGUCUAUUAUUGCUGCGUCUGGAGGUGGAAGGAGGAGAUUGUGGGCAGAGCCCACGAUCUCCCAGAAGUGAUCCAUCUUUUCUGCCGACUGCUCAGAGAUCCAACAGUAUUCAACGCAAGGAGCCAAGUCUCCAUCAACAAGCGGUAA